AUGGGAUCUUCUUCUGGGCAAAGUGGGUACAAUCUGUCGUUUAAGAUCUUGUUGAUUGGAGACUCUGGUGUUGGUAAAAGCAGCUUGCUUGUGAGCUUCAUUUCCAGCUCCGUUGAAGAUCUUUCUCCUACUAUCGGUGUUGAUUUCAAGAUCAAGCAAUUGACAGUAGGAGGCAAAAGAUUGAAACUCACAAUCUGGGACACAGCUGGACAGGAACGGUUUAGAACACUGACAAGCUCUUACUACAGAGGCGCACAAGGAAUCAUUCUCGUUUAUGAUGUGACGAGAAGGGAGACAUUUACAAACUUAGUAGAUGUGUGGGGUAAGGAGAUUGAGCUUUACUCCACGAACCAAGAAUGUGUUAGGAUGCUCGUUGGGAACAAAGUCGAUAGAGAAUCUGAGAGAGGAGUAAGCAGAGAAGAAGGGAUUGCUCUAGCGAAAGAACUCAAGUGCAUGUUUCUUGAGUGUAGUGCUAGGACUCGACAAAACGUGGAGCACUGUUUCGAAGAGCUGGCUCUGAAGAUAAUGGAGGUACCUAGUCUUUUGGAAGAAGGAUCAAGUGCUGUCAAGAGAAACAUCUUGAAGCAGAGACCAGAACAUCAGACUAAUUCUCAAGCAGGAUGUUGCAGCUCCUGA